AUGCCGGUACACAUUGUCAACUCUGCCAUGUCAACACCAUACCCAUCCUUUAUGUCCGUCUAUGGCAGCGAUCCACAUUCAAUAGAAAGAGAGCUUGCAGACGAGGCUUCACAGAAGCAGACAGAACCGCCACUUGGACAACUGAACAUCAAUGCUCAAAGAACUCAACAUAAUAGCCACGCUCUACCAUAUCCAAUCUAUCACCGAGGCAGUGUCACCUCCAUAGCCACGACUGCCUCUAGCGCCUCGAGUCCUACAACAACCCACUCUUCACCCAUCUUCUCCGACCCGUCUCCGUCAUCGUCGCCAGAGUCGGCUUCAUCCUCAAAUCCUCCACCGUCACCUUUCAGAAACAUCAUGCAGACCAUCAGGCAUGUUGACCAUGGCUCAGAGAACGGACCAGAUCAAACAACGCAAGAGCGGCCGCCAUUAUCGAUACAAUCCCAUAUACGGUCUGAUUCUCCGAGUCGAAAUGUCAAGAACCUGUCUCUAAACAUGAAUACGACAGUCAGUCUACGUCCCGCCACCUCCCACGGCGCUGAGAGCAGGACGGAUGCAUUCUCUGCUCCAGCAUCGCCGCUGAGAGAGCCGUUACGAAGCGCUCGAAAAAAGCCAACGAAUCUGACGAUCCGGACGCCUGGCUUCAAUCAGCUUGCUUUCCCUCGCGCCCUGGGAGAUGUGCCACCCACACCAAGCUCACGACCAACCCUCCUCACUUUACAGACAUCGCCCUCGUUGCCUUCCCUGCAGACACCUACCACGUCGUCUUCGAUGGGACUACAUCUGUCUCUUCCGACAUUCAGUGCUGGACAUUCUCGACCUGGCUCUGAAUCGAGUGUCUCGAGCCAUCAAUCUGCAGGCGUUCAACUGCCUGGCUUGAAGGAGGAGGACGAGCCUCGACGGUCUUUCGAGGCGCCGGAACGAGGCUACACUGAAGGACCUGUACAGAUAUAUGAUUGUGGUGUCUGGCUGUAUCUGGAGCCUAAAGCAGAGGAAGCCAAGGAGUUCGACACUGUCAUCAACUGCGCAAAAGAAAUCAAGAAUCCCUUUGAAGCCUCAUCAGGCGAGACGGAUACUGUCAUGUCGGUGUGGAGGAAUAAUCGCAACUCCAUCAUUGAGCCGCAGACUGCAUUGUCCGAACUCUCGUUCAAGUCAGCCUGGGAGUUCCAACCAGAGAACACACCAUCAACUCCUCGGCCAUCGUCAUUGCUCAAGAACGAUCCUGAGUACUUGCACGUGCCUUGGGACCACAAUUCCGAGAUUUUGGAUGAUCUGUGGCCUCUUUGCUGCGUCAUUGAUGAGCGUGUCAAAGUCGGCAAGCGUGUGCUCAUACACUGUCAGCUCGGAGUCAGUCGGUCUGCUUCGCUCGUUAUUGCAUAUGGCCUCUACAAAGGGUAUCAGCAGAACUUUCACUCUAUGUAUCAGCAAGUCAAAAGCAAGAGCCGAUGGGUAGGGCCAAACAUGAGCUUGAUCUAUCAGCUCAGCGACUUCCGGGUCGCUAUAGAAAAGGGCACAUACGCGAACGGUGGACGACCCGCGCCUCCACAAUGGUUCAAGUACUCUCCUCCAGAUUCAUUAUCAUUCAGCAAUCCGGAAUUGUCGUCACUAAAUCAGAGGCCCGAAACAGGUCCCGUGUCAGACGACGAUGCAAAAACACCAAAGGCGAAUCCAUUGCGAUCGAUCAAGCUGGACAAGGCUUUACCUCCUGUGCCCCUGUUCCCGAAAGACGAGCCAAAGUCCGAUGCUCCUGCUGUACCGAGCUCGCAGCCAGCAUUACCUCCCAAAUCCAAUGCCACGCCUCCCACACCGCCAAAAGCCGAGCCUGCAGCAAAGAAGCAGAGCGUCGAGCCACGAGAACUGCCUUUCCGGAAAAUGGCAAAUUAUUCACAUCCUUUGAGAAUACCACCACAUCGGCCGCGACCGCAGAACGAGCCUAAUGCUCCAAUGAAGAUCCACAUCUCACGACCGUCGAUGGACCUGGCGUCACAGGAUGUGCCGGAAUCACCAUCUUUGUUCUCGCCCAGAGCCACCGAGUUCCUGGCUUCACCGUUUGGGAUUUCCAAUUCGGUCGGGGAACUCCUGAUUAGCGGCCCAAGAUCUGCUAGAUCGAUCCAUUCCAUUGCUCCACCAACGCCGAGUCCAGGGGUCAUAGGAUUUUCACAUAUCCGGGCGCCGACCAUGCAUUUGGAUGACGCUCCGACCCAGCCGGCUGUUCCGACUACGAUCGAUCCACGAAGUCCUCCUCAACAAGGUGAAGCGAAGGAAAUUUUGCGUCAUAUUGACGAUUUUUUGUGA